AUGCAACACGAACAAGCAUUGGGCGUUCAAUUACUGAUUUGCAACGAUGUGAUAGCAUGUGUGAAAAGGCUUUUUUUGUUGAAUUCCGUUGUCGUCCGGGUUUUUUUUUUGUGGCUCGUCCUCGUAAACAUCGUACGUGCUAGAAACACGGAAAGCUCUUGGGACAAAUGUGCAACACUUAAUAUGAUGACGAAAACCAAAGCAUGAAAUGAGAUAUAACGGGAAAUGCCUGACAAGGUGCUAUGGUGUUUUUUUUUUCUGUGAGAGCCAAUUGGGCCGCAUGCUGUUCUACACGCGCG